UUGUUCAUUCUAUGGUAGACAGCCUCAACUUCCUCAGGUUGCUUAAAAGGGUUAUCUUGCUCCUGUUCCACGGAGAGAACAGAUGGGUUGUCCUUUACCAUUCGCAGUGUCCACCUGCACUUCAUUAAACAGCAGCCGUUUUACAUACCACACCACCAUGAUGACAUAGCAGCUUCAGACAACAGCGUGACUAGGAUUUUUCCCCCUAAGCCCUUGUAUCGCAGAGGAUCUGGCAGCCAGUUACCUUCUGACACUGUUUAUAGCAUAUAUUGGUCGACCCAGUCCCUUACUCAAUCUGCUGUGGGAAUUAAAGCAAGCAGCUACACGUCAGAAAGAAACAACCCACACUGCAAAGAUGCAUCUGAAUACUCUUCCUCUCUUCUUUUUCUUGAUCAGUGGCAUCUUCUGUCAAUAUGAUUAUGAUCCAUAUUAUCCUUCAGAGCCUGAUUAUGGUUAUGCUCCCUCAAUGUAUGGGCCAUCAACAGCAGUAUGUGCACCUGAGUGUAAUUGCCCUAUAACAUAUCCAACAGCAAUGUACUGUGACAAUCUUAAAUUGAAAAGUCUGCCAAUUGUUCCUUCUGGAAUUAAAUAUCUAUAUCUCCGCAAUAACAUGAUUGAAGGCAUAGAAGAGAAUGCUUUUGAUAAUGUAACAGAUCUGGAGUGGUUGAUCCUCGAUAAUAAUCACCUGGAAAAUUCAAAAAUUAAAGGCAGAGUCUUUGCCAAAUUAAAGAAUUUGAAAAAACUGCAUAUAAAUUACAACAACCUAACUGAAAUUGUUGGGCCACUUCCCAAUACUCUGGAUGACCUGCAGCUCACUCAUAACAAGAUUUCAAAAGCCAAUCCUAAUACAUUUGAAGGAUUAGUAAAUCUGACUGUCAUUCACCUACAGCACAAUGCACUCAGUGAAGAUACACUUUCUGGGGUUUUUAAAGGCUUAAAUUCACUCUUGUACCUUGAUCUGAGCUUCAAUAAACUUUCUAAGCUGCCUUUGGGACUGCCCCCUAAUAUACUGAUGCUGUAUUUUGACAAUAAUCAGAUUACCAACAUUCCUGCUGAAUACUUCAAGGGUUUUAAAGCACUGCAGUAUCUACGUUUGUCUCAUAAUAAGUUGACCGAUUCUGGAAUACCAGGCAAUGCUUUGAAUAUCUCCACACUUGUUGAGCUGGAUCUCUCUUAUAAUCAGCUGAAAAGCAUUCCAACAGUAAAUGAACAUCUUGAAAAUUACUACCUCCAAGUCAACCAAAUUAACCAAUUUCCUGUGAGCAGCUUUUGUAAAGUUGUUGGAGUACUGGCCUAUUCCAGGGUCAGACAUCUGCGUCUGGAUGCAAACAAUCUGACGAGAGCUGAUCUUCCCCAUGAACUGUACAACUGUCUCCGAAUGGCUGCCGAAAUCUCUUUGGAAUGAAUUGUGCCUCCCAUCGUUCAGAGGUCACCUCUAUUGCGCUUUACACCACCACAAUACUUUAAAACUAGAAUAUCAUCUUGCGUAAUAUCUAACAUGUUUGUUAAUAAAUAGCAUGAUUCUGGCCAUCUAUUUUUUAAAAAGUGUGUAUAUUCUAGCAAAUCAAUGAUGCUAAAGUUUUGUACAGCUAGAAUGUCCCAUAGAUUAUGGGCAAGGUUUCCCUCCCCCACUCCCCAUAUUUUUUCCUCUUAGACUAUUUAGGUCAGACAACAAAGUACAGCCUGAGUUUGAAAGGUUUUCAAAAAAGCACUGGUGUACACUUACUAUAAACACGCAAUACACUCCUUGUGAGUGUACAGUUCUACUCAGGUUUGCAGAAGUCAGGUAUAUUCUAAUCUAGAUGGAAUGUUUAGUAUGUUAGGGCUGGAACAUAUAUUUACACUAUUUCUACAUUCAAGUUCUCUCCUGUUUUACAAUUUUGCUUUGUUCCAUUGCUGCAACCAUGUUCCACAAAAAAGCAAUAAUCAUUUAUAGCUACAUAAACUAGUAAGAUCUAUAGAGAGUUGUAUUUUAAGACCCUAGUUAAGCAUGAUUCAUGUGAACAAUGGGGGAAAAAAGACAACAUUUAGCAGGGUAUUAUUUUGACAAUACUUCUAUGUUCGUUAAGUGAAACUGUUAUGGCAAUGUUUGUUUAAAGCUCAAAAGCAAAAUCUAUUAUUUUACAGCGAAAAAUGUACACAAUUGUUUUAUUCAUUUAUUUGCAUGCAAUAUUUAACACGACUGUAGAAAUAAAACAUAGCAAAUGAAAAAUA